UCUAUUUGGGUUCCAUGAAGUAGAAGCUCUGAAUUAAGUCAAUCAGUUUGAUGGCAUUUAAAUUACGAGCAGACACGAAUGGAGGUUGUUUAAAAAGCUGCCAAUAAAAUUCUAGAAACACCACAAAAAUUUGUACGGCGUAUACUUUAGGCAUGUACAGAACAAAACAGCUCUUUCCCCAAUUUCUUGAGAAUUGUUGAUCACCUUUGCGUAACCAAAGUAAGAAAGAAAAACCGUGGACGCAAUUUCAGGUGUUUCAGCUUAUCUUGUUCUCCACGCCAAUCAUGACGGCCGAAUCAGAAUCAGCCUGACUGCCUGAAUCAUUUUGUGGUUUGCGGUUGAUUUAACGAGGAAGGUCUGGGUCAACUUGGCCCGUGAAGUUACUGGAACUAGAGGCCACCUUUACCUUUUUUGGCCGAUGGCGUUUCGGAGAACAAGACACGCUAACGAGUUUCUUGUGGUUCAUCCAUUUCCAGGUAUUGAGCAAAAAAAAUAUACAGAAUUGUGAAUUUUAAAAUGGGUUAAGAGUGGUGCGAUUGGAAUGGUUCCGUGUUCUUCGAAUAUUGGGUUUCACAAAAAAAAAGAGCCUAAUACUGGCUAUUCUCUCUCCCAAAUUACUCAUUUCACAAAAAAGAACAGUUUUAUAUUAACAAUGUACUAUUCUCUAGUAUAGUCUUCGACAGUUCUUUUGAACGUCUCCAUAAGCAAUUCCCUUGGUUUUAAGAAUCGGCGAUGAUUUGUCGCUCCGCAAAACAAUUCAAGAAAAGUAGGCUAUCGUAUAAUAGAUAUUUGGUUCACUGUACAGACUUGAUGGUCUAUAAAAGAAAAUGUGUCAUCGUAGUGUCUUUAUCCCCCCUCCCCCCCCCCCCCCCAAAAAAAAAGGCUGUAAUAAAUUUCUUUGUCAAAUCGGCUUAGCUCUUCCCUGCUGACUUACAUCUUUGCCAAAAAGUUUAUACCCGCAACAAAUCAAAAAUAUUUUUAGUUAUCUUUACACGAAUUCCUGGAGAGAAAGUACGCAAUUCUGUGAGAACUAGACUACCAAGUAGAAAAUCAAAAUUUGAUGGUUAGAAUAUAAUAUUUUACGUCAUUUAAAUUUUUUCUGCGCCGAUAAGGACCCCUCAUACGCUUUUUAUGUUACGCAAGCAUGAAAAAAGCCAUGAAUUGAAUUGAGUCCUUUAACGGGAACUAUUUUGUCUUUGUCUUGUUUGUUUUUUAUAGCAAAAAGAAAUGCAGUGACGGAACUUUCACUCGGUCCUAUACUGGUUCGCUGCGAUCGGCGCCCAUUUUCUGUCACGCUAUAAGCAAAAGCCAUCAUCUGAGAUUCUUGCGCGUCAUCAGUCACGGACAGCUACUUUACUGAUGCAAAACGAGGGAAAAAAAAUGGGGAAGGACGAACCGACUUGGUAAAAGUGAUAAAGGUCUGAAACCACUCAACUGAUUCAGAUCAGUAGAAGACAUCGACUGGAUCGUAUUUGUGUUUACCGAUUUCAAUCGGCAAUCUUCAUUUUCAACGAGAGUAGCACAAGGCUUCCAGAGCUGUAAGCCGUAAUUUAAUGGCAAAAAGAAAUUCGCAAUGCUCAAUCGAGUGAUACGACCAGCCAUAAACAUUGUCAGUGACGUUCGACCAUCAGUGCUGAGGUACCUGCAAAUUCGACGACUCUUGCGAUUGAGAUGGAUUUUAGAACCGCCGAUGAGUGCUUCGAGGAAAGCAGUUCGCCAUGCUGGGCGUACUAUUACGGAUGCGAAAGACUGCUGAAUUUUGGACAUCAGGGCAUUAUCGUGAGCGAGGACGGCAGCAAGACUGUGGUAAAUGUGCCCCUUGCCCAAUCAUCAUCGACAAUCUCGACCAUCUUUCAGCAGGUUGACUUUAAUGAGCGUCGAUGGCCACCGCUGAAUUAUGAGACGAGCGACGAAGAGGAGCUCUCGGCAACAUUUGACUCUCUCGGGCAGGAUGAAUUGGACGUCCAUCAAUUCGAGGCCAUGGCUGGAGCCAGUGCGACCGACGAGAGUUGCCGUUACUCAACGCAGAGUUUCCAAGAUUAUUCUUUCAGGGCUGCUGCUGCUGCCGUCGUUCCAGCGCCGUGCUCCCGACAGCGGCCAACCAUCGUGAGGUCAAACACCCCGCCCCCUCUCGGGAAUACCAUUACACCAUUGCGGUACUAUACAUACUAUCAUCGAAUUUGCUCACGCAUAGCGAGACUGCGAGAGUCAUCGUGUUGUGCUGCUCAAGGAUAUACAAAUCACGUUGUUUAUACUUUAACACAUGCUAUACAAUCCGUAUUUUUGUUUCGUGGGGGGUGAUUGGAUUGUCAGAGGGAACCUUUCGGUCGUGCUCAGCGCUAUCUACUGCAUCUUCUUGGUCACAGUGGGCGUGGUGAUUGGUGUGGCCGAUUUGAUUUUGCCCGACAAAAACAUUGGAGAAAUCUUUAGCAUUUAUCUACUCAUUCCUGGACUGGUUUGGUAUGUCGUUCUCCAUAUCGAUUUGCGGCGACACGCUGUCAACGACCAUCAACAACCCGCAUCGUGGACUGAGCCGGAUUGCAUGAGUUGCCAUUCUUUGGAUAGCGAAAGAUUCUCUACGACUUCAGCUGUCAACGGCUACACAUUUCGUCGCGGCCGUCACUCGGGCAGCUUCUUUUUGAAAAUAGGAGCUGCAGGCAAUCAAAAGAAUAGACCAUAAUGCUAUUAUAAGACUUUAAAUAAUAAUUAAAAAAAAAAAAGAACGAGCAGAAAAAAAAAUGAUAAUGAAAGCGCUCGAAAAAGAAAGGAAUACAAAAGGAUUACUAAUUUAACGCAAGUGUAUCUCUCUCACUCUUUUUGUCUUCAGGAUUUUGUUUCGGACAUUUAAUACACAGCUGCCUGAUGCUCGCCCGGCAAAUACUUCACUUCACCAGCCAAGAUCCCACGAUACAACGCGACUGUGCCGACACGACCGCACUGAUCCUUUAUCUGCUGCUGCCCGUUUACUCAUUUUACCAGCUAUUCAUUCUCUUCAAAUACUCAAACGUGAUGAUUAAUCGAUGGAACGACUUGGCCCGUUUCGCCCUCAUGCACUCGAUGGCUACCAGUCUCUUCUUUUGGUUCUGGAGUGUUCGCAACGAAACGGUCGACAGUCUACACCACCGGCGACUCCUAAAAGAUCAUCAACAGAAACCCGAGACCGAGAGUGACACCGCUAUUACGACGAUGUCGUACCUAAUGAAUCUGACUGGAGAAGAGUACACCAACAGCAACUCAAACCUGAUGGGGAUGCUGUGGAAUGGCACCGUCCUGAGCGCAAUGCGCUGCGCCGAAGGCAGUGACUUCUCCGCUCUCAUUCUCUCCUUCUCGCCGUAUCUUUAUCCAUUUAGCAUCGAGUACAGCAUUUUAGUAGUUGGUAUUUGGUUCAUAAUGUGGCAAAAUGUUGGCAAAGUGGACGAUACUUACAGAUCGGGCGACGGUAGCAGGUCAACCUCUCCGAGUCGUAACAACCAUUACGACCAUCAACUGCUACUACGUAAUCAUCUGGUUAUUCACGCUGAUUGCUCUUCGGCCAACCGAGGCUUGUUUGCUGGACUGGUGGUCAUGGUCGCCACCGCCGUCAGCAUUAUCGUUUUCUUCCUAGCCUUUAGCAAUCGCCGUUACGUGACCACCGGCAUAUGGAUCGGUCUUGUCUCAGAGUCAACGUUGCUUAUUCUAAUGAUUUGCGCCGCUGGCUUGGCGUGCCGCCAACUCGCCGUAUUGGACAUCAACGCCAAUCCUGUCUCCCAGCUCGACGACUUGCUCCUCUUCAUUUGCAUUCCUUCCUUCUUCCUUUAUGGCAUUUUCAGUAUCGUCCCCGCUAUGGCCUAUUCCAACUACAUGGCACUUUUCGUCGCCAUCCUCCAGGUGAUUCAAGUCAUCCUGCAAACGCCCACAAUCAUCGACGGCCUGCGCCGCUGCAGCCGCAGUGUCGAAAUGCAGGCGUCUAGACCGGGACGAGAAGUCAUCACCUUCCUCAUCGUUUGCAAUUUGUCCAUGUGGUUUAUGGAAACGCUGGAAAUCAAAUCCUACGAGACCAAUAUGGACCGCAUCCAUUUUUACGGGCACCCACUUUGGACGCUGCUCAGUCACGUCACUCUGCCAUUGACACUGUUUUAUCGCUUUCACUCGGCUUCGUGCCUGGUCGACAUCUGGAAAUCUGCCUACGAAGCACCAGAACACGAUGAUGAGGCGGUCCCUCAACUACGCCCUCCCGUGUACAAUACCCACCGUUCUCCAAACAGUAUUGUAUUUUUUGAAAAAAAAAUGUAAAGGAGAGAUGUAUGGAAAAAGGAAUGAUGGAUAUGAGCCAGCAGAAAUAUAUCGGCGCGUCAUGGUACUCGUUCCAAAUGCUUCCAACGUACAAAACACACACACAAAUAAAAAUAUUAUCUAGAAAAAAUAUUUAAAAAAAAAUGCUCAACAUUGAGUUGUCAGUGUUUGGGGAAAAAAAUAACGAUGAUGAAAUUGAAAAAAGAAAAGAAACAAUUUAAAAAAAAACGAGCGACCUCAUUUUCGAUUAAUUUUCAAAUGCAAUUCUGUAUUCCGUUCUCGUAAAAUUACUCUUUCUUCGUCAAAUGUCAGCCACAUGGACAAAUACACUCAUGUGAUAGUAAGGUAAUGAUAACGUUAUCAUUAUUGCGUACAAUGGCUUUUUUAAGCACGUCAUAUAUAUCCAGUUUUGGCUGUGUGAGAAACUCGUUAGCGGAGGGCGGAUCGUGAUGAAUGCAAAUGAAAAGUUUGGAAACGUCCCAUAUGUCCAUCACACAGGAGGA